AUGGCCUGUCGGAAAGCGAUCUUCGUCGGUGACUACGCCGCUGAACCGAGGGUUCGGCCGCUGAUGGUGAAGCUGCAGGGAAAGAACCGGCCGCUGUCGGCCAAUCACACCUACGACCUGGUGUGCGAGGUUCACGGAUCCCGACCGGCGCCGAUCGUCACCUGGUGGAAGGGAAGCACCCAGAUGAAGGGUCAUCAGGAGACGACCGAUCCGGAGGGCAACGUGACCAUGUCUAUAUUGGCAUUCCGGCCGACGAUCGACGACAAGAACAAAUACCUCUCGUGCCGGGCGGAGAUGGCCGUCAUACCGGAUGCCGGAAAGGAGGACGGCUGGAAGCUGGAUAUUUACCACGUUCCCGUGGUGACGCUGGAGUACGGCACAAAUUACAACUACACCUCGUCGAUCCGGGAGGGAGCGGACGUUUACUUCGAGUGCAACAUCAAAUCCAACCCCUGGGUGUACAAAGUUAUCUGGCGGCAUCAGGGUCGAGAGCUGUUGAAUAGUCCGUCGGAGGGCAUAAUCGUGUCGAACCAGAGUCUGGUGCUGCAGAACGUGAGUCGGUCCCGGGCCGGACUGUACACCUGUGUUGGAAGCAACCGAGAAGGCGACGGCGAGAGCAAUCCCGUCCAUCUGGAUAUUAAAUUUGCUCCCGUCUGCCGUCCGGGCCUGGUGACGACCUACAACGUGGGCCGGUACGAGCAGGCCAAGAUUGCCUGCGAGCUGGAGGCGAACCCCCAGGAGGUGGCGUUCGUGUGGAAGCACAAUACCUCGGUGUCGGAGUCGCUGGACAUUCCGUCGACGCACGUGAACAGCGAGCAGGCCAAGAGCAUCUUUCGGUUCAAGCCGAUCAGCGAGAGUGACUACGGCACCCUACUCUGCUGGGGAAGCAACGAAAUCGGAACCCAAACCGAGCCCUGUGUGUUCAGUCUAAUCCCUGCGGGAAAACCCGACCCGCUGUCCAACUGCACCAUCAUGAAUCAGACGUUCGACAUCCUGCAGAUAGAGUGCGUCGAAGGUUUCGACGGUGGCCUGCAGCAGGAGUUCCUAGCCGAAGUGUACCUCAUUGGAAACCGUCAUCUGUUCAGUUCCAUCAAGUCCAAGGAACCCAACUUCGACCUGAAAGGCCUGGAACCCGGCGUGGGGUACAACAUUUUCCUGUCUGCCAAAAACGCCAAGGGAGCCAGCGAGCAAACCUACCUACAGGCCUACACUUUGAAGAAUCCGGAAAAGCAAACCGACCUCUCGCUGGUGUACGCUCCGACGCUUCAUCAGAUUAAGCCUUUCAUCGGGACGUUGCUCGGCGUGGUGGCGGCCAUCAUCUCGAUAGCUUCCAUCAUCGUGUGCGUCACCCGGCUGCGGGGUUCGGCCGGCCGGGACCGGGACUGCAGCAACAUGUCCACCAACGACGCGUCCGGCAUUAGCCAAUCGAUGCCCACCGACGGGGAGCUGGCCCGGGAGCAGCAGCAGUGCAACGGCAGUAUCGAUAGCAUCGAGAAGAAUCCGGACAUCAUACCGCAAGGGAAACUUCCGCACUUGCUGGAAGAAGACGAGAAAGCGUUCGAGUGGCUCAACAGCGCCGGAACGCAUCCACGGUUGUACGCCACGGCUGCGAUGGCCGAACAGCAGCAGCAUCAACAGGUCGGUGUUGGCGUUGGAGUUGGCGUGGGCGUACUAGGACCACCAACGGCUGGUGGCGUGGGGACGUACGGGGACAGUCGGACGUUCUAUGCAACGAUGCGCGACGGUAGCUGCAUGCAGCAGAACGUCUAUCCGUUGGCCGAUAAUCAAAAUUACAUCCCGGUGCACAGCGGCAUGAUUCCGACGCCGGUGAUAGGCGGCUACGGGAGUGAUAGUCAUAAGCACGACCUAACGUACGCGGACCUGACGUCGCUGGCCGGUGGUCAGGUGCAGCCGAAGCAGAUGUACGUGAGUGCAACCCUCGGCCGACCGCGGCAAUCAGACAUCAAACGGAGUAGUGAGCCAACGCUGUACGCGCAGAUUGAUUUGGCACACCAUCCAUCAGUACAUUCAACAAAAGUGGUUUAUACCAACACCCGGGCCGGUAUUCCGAUUUCGCACACUGGCCAACAGCAUCCAGCCUCGGGGAUGAUGCUGCCCCCACUGCCACCCACCUCCGGCGCAGCAUCCCUCACGGAACGAUUCCCUCCGCCGCCGCUGUUCGCCGGCCUGCACACCCCCGUCAGCAACAAUCCGUCGAUAUGCUCCAACGAGGCGCCAUCGAGCCUGCUGCAAACCGUUCCGGAGCUGCCACCCCACUGCAGCACACCGGACUCGGUGGCCUCAUCCGCCCAGCUGCCCCCCACCAACAACGGCGUCAACAGUGUCGGUGAACGGAUGCUGCACAAUGCGACCCGUUUCUGAUAGGAAGUCAGGGCCCAGUCACGUUCCAAGUACUGAACGCUCCCUCCCUAUUUCUCCCCGUCACGUACGGCAAACAACAAUAAGAAAAGACAAACCAACACUUUUUCUCCCUACCAAAAAAAAACUCUAAAACCUAGUAAGGAGUUGUGACGCACUUUCCGGUCCAACUGUUUCAAAAGCAUCUACUCUUAAGCUCUCCAAUUUAAGGUAAAUUGAAAACUGAAAUCUUCUAAUCUAAAGAAAUCACGAACAUUAAAAUUUCCAUCUGUUCUACUAUAAGCGGAAUGCGAGUCGUUUGUACAUAUGUAGCGUGAAAGGGGUGAACUUUAAUAAAACUUUGAAAAUAGCUGUGUAUAAUAAAGGGAAAACAACAAAAGUGAAUGAGAUGUAAUAAAUUUUUAUAUAUAUUAUAAAGCAACAAGAAGAAAAAAAACAAUGGUGACAAUGUAACUAGGCUAAAUCGAAACCGAAACGAAGUAAACCUUUCAAUUUUCAAUCAAACUAACGCAAGUGAGUAUAUAAAACAAAUUAUAAAAACAAGAGGAAAGACAACAAAAAAACAGUAAUUGUUAAGCUAGGUAAAAGGGGUAAUCCAACUAAUUGACCGAUGUAAAUAGUUUAACCGAGAACAAACUUUUAAUAGGAAAACAGAACAUUAACAAACAUGAAGAAAAUCAAAAAUCGAUGUAAAAUAUUGAGAAGCCAAAUUUAAAACGUAAAUGGGAAAGACAUGUUAACAGAAGUGGAAAGAUAUAGCUAAUGAGCCGCGUAAGGAGGGCAAACGUUAAGUGCAAAUCUUGCAAAUUAAAAACUAGAAAGUAAAACUCGAAGGAAAAGCAUGUUCAAAUUUGUAAAAACAAAAACAUUACUACGACUUAUUAAAAACAAAAAAAAAUCGAUCGGAUGGGACUUCUAGAUUAAAACGGGACGGGAAAUGUGCUCAGACCCGAGCAAGUGAACUAACGAUACAGUAAUUUGUGAACCGAAUGGGGGUGGAAAUGGAAAUCCCAGCAAAUACUCAUGAUUGUUAUGCGUUGAAAUGUGAAUACGAGACGAAAGGAAAAAUACAUUGAAUAAAUAAUAAUGCAGGGAUUAUUUAUCGAA